UUUCCCUACCAGCAGUCAGCGUUGGGGAGUGGGGGCGGUUGCCGGCAGCGUGCUAUCCGCACGCACCUCGGGGCCGCCUCCGCGCCCCAGGAGCUCGGCUCCGGCGGUGGGUGGCUCCUUCUCCCUCGGGAGCCUCAGCCUCGCAGCGGGCUGCAGCACAGGCUUCACAAAGUUGACACAUUUUCCAGGCGGCUGCUUUACGCCGGCCGAGAGAGUAAGAGGGAGAUCGCUUUGGGAACAUGGAGUUGCUGUGCUGCGAAGUGGAUCCCAUGAGGAGAGCUUUGCCGGACCCGAGCUUGCUCUACGACGACCGUGUUUUGCACAACUUACUGACGAUAGAGGAGCGGUAUCUGCCCCAGUGCUCCUACUUCAAGUGCGUGCAGAAGGACAUCCAGCCCUUCAUGAGGAGGAUGGUGGCCACUUGGAUGCUGGAGGUCUGUGAAGAACAGAAGUGUGAAGAAGAAGUUUUCCCUCUGGCUAUGAAUUACUUGGACAGAUUCUUAGCUGUGGUGCCCACUCGAAAGUGCCAUCUGCAGCUACUGGGGGCAGUGUGCAUGUUCCUGGCCUCCAAGCUAAAAGAGACAAUCCCCCUCACAGCAGAGAAGCUUUGCAUAUACACGGACAAUUCCAUCAAACCCCAAGAGCUGCUGAGGCACCCACGUGACUAAGAGGGAUCGACCCAAAACUCCAGCGUGCUGUGCCCGAGGGGCGGGACUGCAGGGGGGUCAACCGCCACCGCUUCUGGCUCAUUCGCAGCUGUACACCACGCGGUAUCCAGCUCCCCUUUACUGUGCCGCUGUCUGGCGCGCUGGCAGCCGGAGCUGCCGAAAGUGUACGCCUUCCACCUUGGCGCCGGGCUCUCCCCGCGGGGCCUUUUCCCCGGGGCCGCGGGCGCACACGUGCACCGCGGGGCCACCGGCGCUGCGCGAUUCAGCGUGGCACUUCCUCGCCACCUGGUGGCAGACACGCGGAACCGGGCAUGACUUCAUCCCUUGAAGCGCUGCCAGGCCGCCCAGCUCCCCGACUGCUGCCUGCCGGCCUUGCGCGGAGUAGGGAGACGCAGCCAUCUGCCCUCCGAGGCCUUGCAGAAGUACCACCUGGUGCUGCAGUUAGAGGCGCUGCGGGAGGCAGUGCGGUUGGUCUCGUUCUGCAGCAAGAGGGGACUUUGGCUGCAGGAUGUCGUCGAGGAAGGUUGAGGUGCCAGGUACUGUGUGGCUGAUAGGGGGUUGGCUUCAGGCGCUGUUACAGCUGAGGAAGUUGUGUCUUUGUUCUUGCAGGUAUGGUUUCCAGUUGUUAUCUCCGAGGUGAAAAUUGAGCUCGGUUAAACACUAUAAGUUAACAGGCCCGUCUGGUACUGAUGUUGAUGACUUCAAGGUGAAAACAGACAUCAGGAAGAGUGGAAACAGAAUCACAGUCAUUUAUUGGAAUAACUAACGUUUACAGAGCGCUAGAUGAGCGUUGAGCCUGCCUGUGAGAUGUAUUGCUCAGAUUUUUUGUCACAGAUCCUGUUGGUUACGUGUAGCAAGCUGAAUCUCACCAGAAUUAAUCACUUGGUGAAGCCAGUGGGAAUUCCCCCAGGGAAGGGCCAGGAACUCAGUCAUCUGUAGAAUAAAGGGCUGUGGGCUGCAAGCCCUGACACAGCUGUCACAGGUGUCCCAUAGAUGGUGUUGGCUGCCCCAGGAUAUGCCAUGUCCCAUGUGAGAAGGAAGUGAUAAUGUACUUCUUCAUAUGUCACAUUGAUUGAAGCCUGUUUUAAGAGCUUCCCUGCAUAGCCUUCUAUGCUUUUUUUCCCUAUCAGAAUCUGUCCCAUUAUUUGUGGUUGCUGGUCCUCAGUUAACAUAAAUUGCCACUUUGUUCAAAUGUUUCAUGAGUUGAGAAAGAAAAACAUUUAUAGGUUCUGUUACCUACAUGAAUGUGAGAUUUCCAAGCAAUGGUGAGCUUUGCCGUAAUCCAGUAGGAAUGUCUAUAGGAAAGUAACUUGCUGUUACAGCAGGCAUCUAUUCAGAGAAAUGGCUGCAGAAAUUGCAUUGUAGGGUCCAUGUUUAUGGUUUCUCAGCAACCCUCAUUGACGUCUCCUCGACUGCAAAAUUAAAGGUUACUUUUUUUUUUU